UGUUGUUGACGUUUUUCAUCGCAACAGCAUCCGGUUUUUGACGGCGGCUACCCUGGCGAAACACAACCUUACGGCGAAAUUAUUAACAUAACCGCAGAAAAGAUAGAGGAGAUAACCCGGUUACGUCCAUUUUUCAACGAUGGACAGGUGUUUUUUCGACGGGUCUCGUAUUCUCGGGCCGCCUGUUGUCACCUGCCCGGCUAGUUAGCACCACUUGGCUAAUAACAAGUGCUCGGCUGCUCUUCUGAGUAGCCGACGAAAGAGAGCUGUCAGGAGGAGGAAAUAAUUAACUCACAACUAAUAAGCUUUGCGGUUGACACGCCGGGUGAUACUAAGAGCUGGUAUCAAAAGGAACUGCUGACUUGACUCUUGGUUUAAUUUGGUGUAGCUUGUUUGUUUGGAGUAAGUGAGCGGUUUGAGGAGAGGACUUAUAAACAGGGAUAAGUUAAGGACCGUUAACUCGGCGCUGUCUGAUUUGCCUAACAGUAAGUUAUAAAGAUUAUAACUGAAGAGAAACUUUCCCAGGUCACCGGUGCGUGAGGAAAACAUCUGGGAAAAGGGCGGUCUAGUUUCCAGUUGGGUUGGUUUGACUCAGCGGGGUUUUGUCUUAUGGGGUUUUAAAUGUAACGUCAGGGUUCUGCAUGCAGACGUGUCACACAUCCUGUGUAGAAUCGGCUCAGGUGACACCUUGGGAAAGUAAACAGGUGUGUCACCUACAGGGACCUGCUCCCAGGACGUGGCGCACAUUUCCACUACAACCAAUAGCUGGCACAUCUCUGUCAGCUAGACUUGGAUAUCUGGUUACUUGAAAUGACAAAUCAUUCCUAUUAAGCUAUUUACCUGCAGUUUUAGCUGUGGAUGCACAUUUUACGUUCAGAUCGCUAAGGGUAGGUGAUCACUGUGAUAAUGUUUGAUUGAGUAAGUAGAUAAAUUGACUCUUGAUGGCUUUUGAUUUUUGAGCAUUGCUCAGUAAAUAGUACCUCAACGCUAAAAAUGAAUUAAUGGGAUGGCAUAAGUUUGUUUUAUCAGUGUAAGGUGUUUAGGGUAGUUUUAAAGACUAGAUACUGUACUGUAAUUUUCUCCGUACGCCACAAUGCCGCCAGUACUGUUCUCAUUUAUGCUCUUGGGAGCAUUAUGCAGCCUUGGACAGGCCAUGUCACGGGAGGAGAAGCAGAGGUUGAGGAACCAAGUGGUUGAGAUGUUUGACCAUGCAUAUCAGAAUUAUAUGGACCAUGCAUACCCAGCCGAUGAGCUGAUGCCUCUAACGUGCAGAGGAAGAGUACGUGGGCUUGAACCCAGUCGUGGAGACAUAGACGAUGCACUUGGCAAGUUUUCUCUGACCCUCAUAGACACUCUGGACACUUUGGUGCUUUUAAAUAAGACAACAGAAUUUGAAGAUGCAGUGAGGCGAGUCCUGUCAGAUGUGAGGCUGGACAACGACAUUGUCGUGUCGGUCUUUGAAACCAACAUUCGAGUCCUUGGAGGUCUGCUGGGAGGACACGCCAUGGCUGUGAUGUUGAAGGAAGGAGGUCAGCACAUGCAGUGGUACCAGGAUGAGCUCCUGCAUAUGGCCAAAGACCUGGGGCUCCGACUGCUGCCGGCGUUCAACACGAGCAGUGGCCUGCCUUAUCCCAGGGUGAACUUGAAAUAUGGUGUCAGGGGGCCUGAGACGAGGACUGGCACAGAAACAGACACCUGCACAGCGUGCGCAGGAACUAUCAUCCUGGAAUUUGCUGCCUUAAGUCGUUUCACUGGGGAUCCUGUGUUUGAGGCCCAUGCCCGGAGAGCCCUGGACUUUCUGUGGGAGAAGAGGCAGAGGAACAGCAAUCUAGUGGGAACCACCAUCAACAUCCACUCUGGAGAGUGGGUCAGAAGAGACAGUGGAGUUGGAGCUGGAAUUGAUUCGUAUUAUGAAUACCUGCUAAAGGCCUACAUCCUCUUGGGAGAUGACCUGUUUCUGGAGCGGUUCAAUAUUCACUACGCAUCUAUUAUGAAGUACAUUAGCCAGCCUCCUCUGCUGUUGGAUGUCCACAUCCAUAAACCUCUGCUUCCUGCUCGCACCUGGAUGGACUCUCUGCUGGCCUUCUUCCCUGGAUUACAGGUGCUGAAGGGAGAUAUCCGCCCUGCCAUUGAGACUCAUGAGAUGUUGUACCAAGUUACCAAAAAACACAACUUCCUCCCAGAGGCCUUCACUACUGAUUUCAGGGUACACUGGGCCCAACAUCCCCUGAGGCCUGAAUUUGCAGAGAGCACCUAUUUCCUUUACAAGGCCACAGGCGACCCUUACUACCUGGAGGCAGGUCGCACCGUUAUGGACAACCUCAAUCGCUUUGCUCGUGUUCCCUGUGGCUUCGCUGCAAUGAAGGAUGUACGGACUGGGAGCCAUGAGGACCGAAUGGACUCGUUCUUCCUUGCCGAGAUGUUUAAAUACCUGUUCCUGCUGUUUGCUGAACCGGAUGACUUACCAUUUGAUGUAGAGGACUACGUCUUCACAACGGAGGCACACCUGCUGCCCCUGUCACUCUCUGUGGCCCCUCACUCCUCGUCCGUUCCCUCAAACCGAACGUCAGAGGAGGAGCUUGAUGACUCAAACUUUGACUGGACAUGUCCUAACACUCGCCUCCUGUUUCCUGACCCUGCCUUCCCUCGGAACCUGAGAGAACCAAUCCGUAGUGCUGUUGAUAAGAGCUGCCCACGCCCUGUCCCUUACAGGGAACCUGGUUUGGGCCGUCCUCCCCUCAGGGCUCAGGACUUCAUGGCCAACAACCCUGAACAUCUGGAGCUGCUGAGGAGAAUGGGGGUCAGUCUUAUCCACCUAAAGGAUGGCAGGGUGCAGCUGGUCCAGCAUGCUACACAGGCGGUGAGUGCAGUAGCAGCAGAGGACGGUGUGCGUUUCAUGCAGGAGAUGAUGGAGCUGUCCAGCCAGCAGCAGAAAGAGCAGCUGCCUCCUAGAGCUAUUCAAAUUGUCUCGCAUCCAUUCUUUGGCAGGGUUGUGCUGACUGCUGGCCCAGCACAGUUUGGUACAGAUCUGUCCAAAAGUUCCACAGGGGUACGGGGCUUUGUCACUGUGGCCGAGCCCUACAGCGGCUGUAGUGAGAUCACUAAUGCUGAGUAUGUCCAGGGCCACAUUGCUCUGCUCCAGAGGGGUCAGUGUAUGUUUGCAGAGAAGGCCCGACACAUCCAGAAGGCCGGCGCCAUUGGAGGCAUAGUCAUUGAUGAUAACGAGGGCAGCAGCAGCGAUACAGCUCCACUGUUUCAGAUGGCGGGGGACGGCCGCAGCACGGAUGACAUCACCUUGCCUCUCCUCUUCCUAUUCCACAAGGAAGGCAACAUCCUGUUGGAGGCGCUGAAGGAGUACAGAGAGGUGGAGGUGCUGCUGAGCGACAAAGCCAGAGACAGAGCAGCCAUAUUCAAAGGUAAACCUCUUCCUGGAAGCCUGAUUGAGGGCAGUGCAGAUGUGCAAGAAGCAGAGGAGGACUGUUUAACUGAAGCAACGACUCCCACCUCACACGAACCCACUGCCCAGUCACAAAUGAGCACGGUGGAGCUAGAUGAAUCUGCUCCGGAGGAAGUCAGUCCUGUGGAUGAAGACACUAGUCCUGCAGAGGACAUUAGUCCACCAAAAGAAGAAGUUAGUCCUACAGAGGGAGAGCCUUCUUUGGCUCAACCUAAAGAGGGCAGAGACUCUGAGAAGAAGGAGGAGCCUGAGGGUGACACAGACUCAAGCAGCCAGUCAGUUGAUGAACUGCUGGCCGAUUGGCGAGAAGACUUGGAGGCAUUCAAGCAGAUGGAGAAGGAUGAGCUCUGACAGAUGUUAGGUGCAUUCUGCCCUGUGACUGGUUUGAUCCCGCCAUGGGGAGAGACCUUGAGGAAGUGCAUCUUCAUAUGUCACCAGCCUCAAUCUCAUGAAUUCAAAGGAAGCUGGGGGUGAUGUCUUCUCUUGCCCUGUGAACAGUAUUGUGUGCCAAGGCAACCCACAUACUGUGUCUCUGGACCACAAGGGAGUCAGUUUUAGAUUCAUACAGUUUCUGUUUUAUUUGUCUGAGCAGAUCCUAACUGAUAACAUAGACCAAACUCUUUCUGUGUCUCACUUUCCGAUCCAAAUUACUUCACACUGUUGUUCUUUCUAUGCAUUUAUGGCCACUUUAACUCAAUUGAAUGCUGUCCAACAGCUACGUUCUCACAAAUUGCUCCAUUGACCAAUCAGUUUUAUUUAAAUGUGAUCAUUAUUUGUGAUGAUAGAUUUACUUUUUUGGUGGUCUUGGGCCUUACCAUAUGUACACAUUGAUCAGAGUUAGGGACUUCAGUGAUUUGGAGGAUAGGUGAUAAAUAAGCUGCAGGAUCUUUUUAUGGCUUUAUGGCAGACAAACUCAGCACCAAACCUAAUAUCCCUGAAGGCUUUGUUAAGUCAUGUGUCAGUGUAAAUAUGUAUGUUGAGAUAUAAUGACUGAAAUAACACAGGGCUGUUUGCUCAGGUUCUGGUUCACCCCACAACAGCCUCUGGACCACAUUGGGUGAAGCAGACACACCCUCAGCAGCGUGAUGUGAUGAGUAAUGCGCCCUUAGGUCGCCACAGGAGGGCGCUAUAUGAUCUCUCUGCUUUGCUGGUGCUGCUGACUGACUAAGAAGCAGAAAUAAGCCAAUAAGUUGACAGGGUGAGAAUAAAUAAAAAGGAAUAAGAGGCAACUCGGGAAAGCUGACUUGAUUAUUUGAGUUCAUGUCAGCUGAACACCGAAUGCUUGAUUUAGAUCAUGCAUGAAAAAAAGUCAAAUGGAAGGAGGUUUUUUUAAAAGUUGCUUCCCUGUUUUACUGCACUGACUGUUCUGAUGAAAAAG